ACAUCAGGUUGUGCUGUACCUUCUCCAGCUGAGCUCUGUCUCACCAGAGGACCCUGCUGACCAUGAAGCUCAUUCAGAUGCUCAUUCUUUGCCUGGCUCUCUCGCUGAGUCUCGCUUCUCCCUCGCAUCAUAAGGAGGAUCAUGUUCAAAAAGACGAACCUCAAGGACACCAGCAUGAAUUGCACCAUGAUGCUAAACUUGACCGCUGUGGAGGAAUGGAGUUCGAUGCAAUUGCUGUGAACGAGGAGGGAAUCCCUUAUUUCUUCAAAGGCGACCACCUAUUCAAGGGAUUCCAUGGCCAGGCUGAGCUGUCUAAUGAAACUUUCCCUGAGUUGGAUGACCAUCAUCAACUGGGACAUGUGGACGCUGCGUUCCGCAUGCACUCUGAAGACAGCCCAGAACACCAUGACCACCAGUUCUUCUUCCUGGACACCAAGGUCUUCAGCUACUACAAGCACAAGCUGGAGAAGGACUAUCCCAAGGAUAUCUCUGAACUUUUCCCUGGAAUUCCUGACCAUUUGGAUGCUGCAGUGGAGUGUCCCAAACCAGACUGUGCCAAUGACACCAUAAUCUUUUUCAAAGGUGAUGAGAUCUACCACUUCGAUAUGAAGACUAAGAAGGUUGAUGAAAAGGAAUUCAAAAGCAUGCCCAAUUGCACUGGAGCCUUCCGUUACAUGGAACAUUAUUACUGCUUUCAUGGUCAUCAGUUCUCCAAGUUUGACCCAAUUACAGGAGAAGUCCAAGGCAAAUAUCCAAAAGAGACCCGUGAUUACUUCAUGAGAUGCCCACAUUUUGGACAAAAGACCACUGAUGAACACAUUGAGAGAGAACAGUGCAGCCGUGUCCACUUGGAUGCUAUUACAUCUGAUGAUGAUGGCAGCAUAUAUGCUUUCCGAGGGUACCACUUCCUCAGCAUAACUGGUGAUAAGUUUCAUUCAGACACAAUUGAGAGUGCUUUCAAAGAGUUGCAUAGUGAAGUGGAUGCAGUCUUCUCUUAUGAAGGCCAUCUCUACAUGAUCAAGGACAAUGAGGUGUUUGUGUACAAAGUUGGAGAGCCACACACACACCUGGAAGGUUACCCCAAACCCCUGAAGGAGGUCCUUGGAAUUGAGGGUCCUGUAGAUGCUGCCUUUGUGUGUGCAGACCAUCACAUUGCUCAUAUCGUCAAAGGUCAAACAGUUUAUGAUGUUGACUUGAAAGCCACCCCACGCGUGCCUGUGAAGGAGGGAUCCAUAGCACACUUAAAAAAGAUUGAUGCGGCAAUGUGUGGACCCAAGGGCGUGACAGCUGUGAUCGGUAACCAUUACUACCAAUUUGGGAGUCCCAUGAUUAUGAAGAUGGCCAAAAUAAUGCCUGAACAGCACAGGGUGUCUCAGGGGCUUUUUGGCUGUGACCACUAGAGGGAGGCAUACAGAGAAGAAGAGGAGUGACCUAGACUGUACAGACUGUGUCUCUUAAAAUAGCCACAGUAACUGCACUGACUAGGAUUUUUAAGCAGUAACAUAUCCACUUUUCUCUAACUUUUGUCAAACCUGAUCUCAAAAGAAAAUUCCUACCUCUGAA